AAAAAACUUCAAAGUUUGGCAUCAUAGCUUACACUCUCAAAGUUUGAAUUAUGGAUCCAUAAGAGUAUUUGUAGUCAAAAAAAGGUUAGUCAAUAGCAAUAUAUUAAAUUAAAAAAUUGCAUAUAGAAGAUAAGAGGGAAGCGAUGGAAAGUGUAAACUGCAAAGGCAGUCAGUCAGAAUCCAGAAAUGGACAAGUCACCACUCUUAUUCUUCCAAAUCACCUUAUUCCUUCUCAUCCAAUCACUCCUUGCCACGUCACACCCCAUCCCCGUUACGGUUUCCGUCACCGACUUCGGUGCCGCCGGCGACGGAAUCCGCUAUGACACCUCAUCAAUCCAGUCCGCCAUCGACUCCUGUCCAUCCAGCGUCCCCUGCCGCGUCAUCUUCCCGGCACCGGGAAAGUACCUGACGGCAACCGUGUUUCUGAGAUCCGGCGUGGUGCUUAACGUGGAAACCGGUGCCACCAUCCUUGGCGGGGCGAGGCUUGAAGAUUACCCGAAGGAGUCGUCAAGAUGGUACGUGGUGUUGGCGGAGAAUGCGACGGACGUUGGAAUCGAAGGCGGUGGCGUGGUUGAUGGACAAGCGGAGAAAUUCGUAGUGAGAUAUGAUCCGAGGAAGAAUAUAAUGGUGAGCUGGAAUCAAAGUGGGGCUUGCUUGGGUGAUGAAUGUAGGCCUAGACUUAUCGGUUUCCUUGGCUGCCGUAACGUUAGUCUCUCCAACAUUACUCUCAACCAACCUGCUUAUUGGUGCUUACACUUGGUACGGAGUGAAAACAUAUCAAUUAAGGACAUAGCAAUAUAUGGAGACUUGAAUAUACCAAACAAUGAUGGGAUUGACAUUGAGGACUCAAACAACACUGUAAUCACUGGAUGCCACAUUGAUACAGGGGAUGAUGCUAUCUGUCCAAAGUCAUCCACUGGCCCUGUAUACAAUCUAACUGUCACCAACUGUUGGAUUCGGUCCAAAUCUUCUGCAAUCAAAUUCGGCAGUGCUAGUUGGUUUGAUUUCAAGCAUUUUGUGUUUGAUAAUAUCACUAUUGUUGAUUCCCACAGAGGGCUUGCAUUCCAGAUCCGUGAUGGAGGAAAUGUAAGUGACAUAGUUUUCUCAAACAUAAAUAUAAGCACAAGAUACUAUGACCCAUUAUGGUGGGGAAGAGCAGAGCCUAUUUAUGUCACAACUUGUCCACGAGACUCAACCUCAAAGGAGGCUUCAAUCUCAAAUGUUCAUUUCAUCAACAUCACAGCAAACUCUGAAAAUGGAAUCUUCCUCUCUGGUUCAAAGAGAGGAUUGUUGAGAAAUUUGAGCUUCAUCAACAUGAAUAUCACUUACAGAAGGUUCACUAGUUAUGCUGGUGGGUUGUUUGACUAUAGACCAGGAUGCCAAGAAUUGGUUAAACACAAGACUGCGGGGAUGAUGAUGGAGCACAUUGAAGGUCUUGAGGUUAGAAAUGUAGAAAUGAGAUGGGAAAAUAAUGAACUAGAGGAUUGGAAUAAUCCUAUGGAGUUUAGACCAUCUACUGUGAAUAAUAUCUAUUUCUCUAAUUUUAAUUCUGUUUUGUAUUCAAAUAGCAAAUCAAGUUAAUAACUUGUGGCUUUUAAAAAAAAAAAAUUAGUAACUUUUGUGUCUGCAUAUGGAAAAGGAUUACAUGGGUCUCUUAACAAUCGAGGGAACUGGGGAAAGUUCAAAAGAGGGAAGAAGCAUUUGCUUUGUGCAUCUAGAAAAAUAAAGAUUGGGAUGUUACACUGUUUCAUUGUACAAUAUGAUUGCAUUUUAUCAUUCAAAAAUACGUGAUUGUAAGGCCUUCCAAUUAUUUAUAUCAUUGUGUUAUUCCAUUGUCUCUUUCAA